AUGGUUGUGCUAAGCUCCUACUCCAAUCGACCCCUGCACCGUACCUUUGCCCCCCUGUGCCGUGCAGAGUUUGUGCGGGUAGAAGCGCUGCCAGACGUGCGCCUCAACAGCACUGCGUGGUUUCAUGCCCUUGAUGAUGAUGACUCUGGUGCGCAACAACCGGCGCAGGUCAUCGAUGCCCUUUGCGCAACUCUGCCUGUAGAUCCUGAGAAGCUUGAGGCUGUGAAAUUGUGGUCAGAGUGGGACUCUGAAGGCACUGGACGAAUUACACGUGAAGCCUUUGAGCAUUCUCGAGGAAUUCUGCAAUUUGUAUUGUACAGCUUGCCCUCCUUGAAGCGAGAGGCUCGCUCUGGUGCCGUUCCAGACCUUGAGCAGAGCAGAGAGAGCUGGUUUAGGUAUUGGGACGAAGAUAACCAGCGAGAGCUCGAAUUUCUUCCCUGCCUUCGUGCUUUGGCGAGGACACUCCGCAUUGAUGGUGACUGCGCUGACAUGGUGUUGUUGCGAAAGGUCUUGAUCGGGCUUUUCCAGGACUUUGGCCUUUGUGAGGCAUCGGGCUUUUUGAAGCAGAGCUCAUGCCAGGAUAUUUUAGUACGAAUGGACAUUCUUGCAGGGUCGACGUGA